AUGGCAACCUCGGCUGCCCUUCAGCCUCAGGCUAGAGGGCAUCCAAGCGCUUUGUCACGGCCUUCAUUUCAUAACAAAGCUUUCUCGUCACUUUUUUCUCCAGCAGAUAAACUACCUCUGGAAUUACAAAUAGAUGAGACGACGCGAAGAGGGGAGCCAGCAGUGGUUUUCUCUCCGAUGGAUGUGUCAAAAAUUGCAGCUUCUUUUCAGUUGUCUCUGGUUGGGAAGUUCUCAAAGGGUCGCCCACCCAUGGAGGAUAUUCGUAGGUUUUUCAAGGCAUUGGAUUUGAAAGGUGAAAUAUCAGUGGGUCUUUUAGAUCAGAGGCAUGUGCUGAUCCGUCUUGGUAGUAAGAAGGAUUUCCAUAGACUUUGGGGAAGAAACGUCCGGUAUGUGGUUGGAUGCCCAAUGCGGGUAUUCAAAUGGACUUCAUCAUUCCAUGUAGACAAAGAGCCAUCAACAGUUCCAGUUUGGUUUUCUCUUCCGAAACUACCGAUCCACUUCUUCAAGAAGGAAUGUCUGUUUCACAUAGUCUCUUGCUUGGGUAGGCCAUUGUUCAUGGAUGCUGCAACUACUUCGCUGGCGCGCCCAAGUGUGGCCCGUGUGUGUGUGGAGAUUGACCUGCUGCAGCCUCUCCCCAAAUGGGUGUGGAUUGGAGUUGGGAAAGGUGACCCAGAGGGUUUUUUGCAAGUGCUGGAGCCUGAAAAUUUGUCGUUGUAUUGUUCUUUUUGUUUCUGCCAAGGCCAUGACAUGGGUGGGUGUCAUGUUAAAUACCCAGAGUUGCGGGCAGCUGUGCAGCAUGAAAGCAACAUCAGACAUGAGACACAAUGA